AUGGAGGCUUUGAAUGACAUCGUGACACACCGAGAAGUUUUGAUGAUGCGAGUAAUGAACACCAUCACAGACAAAUCCAAUUGGGAUAAAAAGGUAUUCGACGAGCACAUCACAGACAAAUGGCGCGAGGAGAUCGCGAAGAGUGGACAAGAUGUGACGCCAAAGAUGAUGGAUUGGAUCAUCAAAGAACUGCAGUGGAAAGCUGGCAGUUUUCAAGAAACAGGCCAUGUCACUGUUUUUGAUGUUGGAGUCGUCAAAUCCGACAACGCCAUUUCCAGUCAACUGCAGCAGGAAUUGAGACAAGCAGCAGCUAUUUUUGAAAAUGCGCCCGAAGCCCAGAAAGACUACCAUCCUGGGUCCGAUCAGAAAGUUGUGAAUCUAGUUCAUCCUUCAUUGUUUCCUGUCGUCUAUGGUCGAACUCGGGUCCUCCCUGACAAAGUCAUCAGUGUCGAUGACUGUCUGAGCAGUAUGGGACAGGGCACUUUGAUCCCAACUCCCUCAGAAGAAGAGAGCCUUGUCGCUUCGGAACUUAAAUUGGAGAAUCAUCACCAUAUCCAGCCAAGACUCAGUCGAAAAUUCCAGUGGCUCCCGUGUGAGGUGCAUAUUGACGAUUCCGAAUGUGAAAUAACGUCUUACAUCAACAAUGUUCACCCGAUUAAACAUCGGGGACUGUACGAUGUGGUCGAGAAACUCAUCACGAGAACGAUCCCACUUUGGGAUCAGACCUUGAGCAGAGGAUCAGAUCAUCACAGAAUCUCGUAUGAAGAGGUUGAGUACGGCGAUCCCGUAGGACCAGAGCCUACGCGUCCUCAAGAUGCCGACGAUAACUUUGACGAAGCUGAGUACUUGGAGCGGCAUGAGGAAUGGGAGUUUUCCCGCCCGAUACUACUCCCUGAGCCAAGAGAGUUUAAGAUUCCCGGUCUUUGGGAUUCGUAUCAAGUCACAGUGGACAGUGGAUACUUCGGCAGCAGGGGAAUACAAGUGAUUGUAAAGUUGGCAAAUAUCGAAUUGACACCCUCCAAGCCUGACUAUGAAGGAGGUACCUGGCACAUAGAGGGUCAACUGAAUGAGCGUAUAUGUGCAACAGCAAUCUACUAUUACGACAAUCAGAAUAUCACUGAAAGUUCGUUGUCAUUCCGGCAAAGAUGUACCAACCUGGACUACAUUGAACACGAGCAAGACCGGCAUGAAUUCCUUCAAGAUGUUUAUGGCUUGCGUACGAAUGGGGACUGGAAUGGAACCGAAGUUACACAAGAGCUUGGAGGCGUGGUUUGUCAAGAGGGUCGACUCCUGACAUUCCCCAAUUCUGUUCAGCACAAAGUGUCGCCAUUUUCGUUGGCCGACAGAUCCAAAAGGGGACAUCGCAAGAUCCUCGCACUGUUUCUCAUCGAUCCCCAUAGGCGGGUGAUCUCCUCUGCCAAUGUUCCUCCUCAGCGAGAGGACUGGGCGCCGGAAAGCUCGAAAAUUGUGCAUCCACAGGUUUCAAAGAACUCGCCGGAUACACCUGGUCAGGAUGUAUACAGCCACAUGAUGAGCAUGAAAGAGGCAGAAGCUUACAGACUUGAGCUUAUGGAAGAACGGAGUGUCAGGGCUGUGGAGAAUAACAGCGUGUUUGAAAAUGGAUCUUUCAACCUUUGUGAGCAUUAG